AUGCCAUCCGACCUGGCCCAGAUGGCAUCUGUCGAAAAGGCCACGAUUGAAUACAAGCGUCGCCUCAAUGCCACAGCCCCUGUUUCCCGUCUUCCGAAUGAAAUCAUAUCGAUCAUUCUUAUACAUGUUGUCAGAGCCCUCUUCGAGAGGGAUGGCACCUGCUACUCCCAGAACCUGCCGCACGCCUAUCCCUGGCUCAACAUUACACGCGUCUGCCAUGCCUGGAGAGCGAUUGCAUACGACACGCCGAGCUUUUGGGCAUUCAUCUUCCUCACACGGGAACCUGUGGUGCACACAUUUCUUGCGCUGUCCAAGCAAGCCCCACUCCACGUCGCGACCUCUGAUUUUUCCGGUCGUGGAGAUCACCGUGCGCUCCUCGACCAUAUAUUCCUCCACGAGUCGCAUCGUCUGAAGGAAUUCCGGGGGUUUGGCGACUCUCACGCCAUAUGCGAUUUCGCGGCCACUGUGGCAGUCGGCCAACCUGGCAGGCUCUUGGAAACACUAGAGCUCUCCAGCGGCUACGUAUGGGAUCGCAAAAGUCACGUCCUGCCCUCGGCUUUGUUUCAAAAGCAGCACCUGCGUCUGCGUCAUCUAGAACUUCGUAGGAUCCCCUUUGGUUGGGAAAACUGCCUAUUCUGCGCGAUCCUCACGCGACUCUCAGUCAGCCAUCCCUCGGGGGUCCCAAACAGCGUCCUCGGUCCGUUCGAGCACCUUCUCUCAGCUCUAGGGAGAAUGGUCGCUCUGCGAUACCUGCAACUAGAAUACGCCAUACCAGAGCUUACCGGCGAUAUCACAAUCCUGCCAUCCCCGUCUCGUACCAUCAUCCUUCCCCAACUCCACACGAUCGAACUCAGAGGAAAGCCUCUAGAUUCCGCCAACCUCCUUAAUCACCUCACCCCGCUCCCUGCGGCGGUCUCAAACCUGUCCUGUCACACUGAUACCGAUUCUAGCACCGCAAAACCAUUGAUCGAUGUCCUCAAGGAUCACUUUACGCGUUCGCCAGCGCUUCGGACCGUCCGCAUGUAUGUGCUGUUUUGGAAAGAGCUGUCCAUAUCGGGCUGGCUUGGAGACUUGGACUUUCGCACCGGGGCCACCCAACCGGCAUGGAUGACACUGGGGCUCUACCUUCCCCUAUUCUCGGACGACGUAACCCUCUACUCCUUACAAAACGUCGAUAUGUUCUCUGGUGUUCGGAAUUUAGAGGUAAUAAUGAGCCUCAACCAGUUAUGGCCGUGGCAGGAUCUAUUCGCAGGCAUGCCGCAGCUAUACAGGCUGUCCGUCCAUCACGAGCCGACCAGACACCUCCUUCCGGCUUUGUCCAGUGUGGACUCACAGGGAGCGGAGGACUCCGCCCCGUCAAUCAUCGCGCCUCAGCUUUGUAUCCUCAUGCUCACCCAAGUGCCUCUCGUCGGCUUCAGGUCCAUGAGCGCCGCGACCGAAUUUAUCGACGAGCUCAUAGAAUGGUUGACCUUGCGUUGCCACUACGGCCGACCGAUACAACACCUGCAUCUCACUGAGUGUUUCAAUAUCACCGCGGCCGACAUUCGGAGCCUGGAGGAGUACGUUCCGGAAGUGCACUGGGACGGAUACAGUUACUGGGCAUGA